AUGAACCGGAGUAGCUCUAGCGGGGGCAGUAGGGAGCACAAGAACCACAGCAGCCACGACACCCCCCUACCCAACACCAACGACAGCAGCAGCAGCUGCUGCAGCAGCCUCAAAGGUGCCUCGUUAUUCCUAGGCUGCGAAUCUGCACAACACGGAGCUUUUCAUUCUGUGUCUGAGCAGCACCGUCGGGCCAUGUGCGAUCUGUGCAGCAGCUUGUACAGCCUGCGGGUUACCUGUAUGCUGGAUGAACUCGCAGCAGUCCUGCUGGCGCCUCUGCUGCUAUGUUUCUACCUCCCUUCUGCAGCGGAUGAUAUUUGGGAAUGCAUUUACGCGUCGACAGUCUCUACGCCACUCGGGGACCUCUGUUGCUUCUCAGGACUUGAUGUUGCUGCCUAUGGUUCAUCGGACUACGCCCCUCCGCACCGCUUCCUUCAACAGAAGCAGCACAAGCAGCAGCAAUCGUGCCAGACGCAACUGGAGCGACAGGGGCACGACUCGCAGCAGCAUCUGCCCUUGCAGCACGACUCAGAGCGGCGGGAAAGGAGCGAAGAAGAGGAAGAAGAAGAGGAAAAAACCCCUCCUCGAGGGGUCUCAGUCUCCCUCCUUCCCAGCGAAGAUGAUGAGGGGGCAGCAGGUUGGACUGCACGCUCUCGCAGUCAUCACCGCUUCCUCGGCAUAGGAAGCCUUGAUGCGCCUUGUGAGGCCCCCAGGUGGCGGCACUUGGCACCCACAGUCACGGGGGCCCGUGGGGGGCCCCCAUACAUUCCGCUGCUGCAGCGCUUUAUGCCCUCAAACGGAAAGCUGGAGAAGAGCGCCCUUUCUUUCCUGCUGACGUACAGGAUUGCAGCGCCUCACGAUGAUACAUCGCCUCUCUGGUCCGUCCUCGCAUCUCGCAAGAUCACGAGGGCUUUAAUGGCUGCAUCCGCCAAAAACGUGGGCACGCACGGGGCCCCAUGCGUCUCUGGAGGGGGCUCCUCUUCAGCGCUUGCCUCGAUGGUUCCCGCUACGAGCUAUUACUCCGGAGGGACGGCCAUAAAGCCCAUGAUACACUGGGGGGCCCCCCCCUCCGCAGUGGCCCUCCUUGCAGGUCUCGAGGCAUUCCAAGAGCACUUGUUGCAGCAGCAACCCUAUCUGAUGCAGGAGCUACCAGCGUCCCUAACCCAGUUGAAGCGUGGGGUUCCAGGGGCCCCCAACGGAGGUGCCGUUGGGGCCUUUGCAAGCUAUGGAAAUACUCCUUGGGGGCCCAUGCAUGCGGCUUGCGGCCCUCGCCCCAUUACUGACGAAGAGAAGGGAGCCUACUACUUCUGGCUGGAGAAGCUCUACGAGUUCAACUCGGGCAGAGUUCUCUUCGCGACGAACCAGCUCAACUUCUUUACAAGGGCCCUUUUUAAACAAACAUUAGCUCCCCGUAGCAGAAACACGCGUCGUCACGACGGAGGCCUCGGCGAUCUCAGAGCUCCUGUGAACUCCCGAACGCCCUUGGGAGGUCCUUACCGGAGACGUUCUCAAGGGCCCCACAGCGGCGAAAGAUGGGCAGCCUGUUGGGGGCCCCUUGGGCCUCCCGAUGCAGAGGCCUACGCGGAGAGAAGUAUUUACCGCAGCACUUCCUCUGCAGCGGCGAAGCCGCACCAACACGUUGAGGAGUCUUAUGCGGGGGCUCAGGAGUCGUGGAAUUACAGGGCUGCCGCUGAGCAGCAGCCACGGCAACGACAGCGAAGGGAGGCCUCAAACGUCCUUCCCAAUACAUGCCGCCCAUCAGAGGCGUGGCGUGAAGAGGCUUCGGCAGAUAUUUCCUCAGCCUCCAAGCAGGGAGACUUUUCAGACGACACCGACGGCAGUGGGCCUGGCUUUCAGGCUCCGCCUGCUAGUGGUGCUCCGCAGCAGCCCCUGUCCCUGCAGCAGCUGCUGCUCCUACAGCGCUUGUUGCAGCAGCAGCAGCAGUUGAUGCAGCAUCAGCACCAACAACAGCAAGACCUGCACCAAGCGCUGCAGCAGCAGCCGUCCCGAACUGAAACAUUCGAAGAGGACGAAACGGCUUUGAUCCAAGCAAUGCACCGGCAGCAGCAGGAACCAGGAUUUCACCGCGUUGGGGAUAUUCUACAGAGCCCCGUGCGCGGGCUGAGCAGCUCACAGCAGCAGCAGCGUGCUUAUACACCCCACAUUCCCGAACAAGGGCAUUUAUGCCGCAUGCAGCAGCAACAGCAACAGCUGCAGAAGCAAAUACGGGUGCAGCAGCAG